AAUGGAUCUAGCGAGAAUCGUCGGAAAAUUGCUGAAUAUGCCCAACUUCGUGAGGACAGGAUUGCAGCAGUGCGGGGGCGCCUUAAUACUUCAAAGGGGGAUUUGUUGGACGAAAUAAGGAGUUCAAUUUUGUCUAAGAAUCUUUUAGAACUGAUAGGUGAGAUGUUAGUACUGUUCAAUGAGGGUCAUAUAUCGAGAAGAACUUUAUGCUUUUGUUUCAUUAGUCAGGAGAUGACAUUCAUGAGCGGCAUAUUUGAAUCAAAAUCUUUUGCAGAAGCGCUUCAGAAAGAGGAAGUGACAGCCGAAGAAGCGCUGGACGCAUACAUUUGGAAAGCUUUACAGCUUCACGAAAAAUUUAACUGCGCGGCUGAAUUUCUUAUUGAAGCCUUUGACGAGGCAAAGAAACUUGAUGAUGUCUGGCAUGGAAAAACCAAUAAGCCUCCACUGUUCGGUAUACCAUUUAGUGUGAAGUCAAACUUUAAUGUUAAAGGGUAUGACUGUAGUUUGAGUCUUGCAAAAUUUUUGGGUAAGCCAGUAUCGUCUGACUGUUCAUUUAUUGUUCAUUUGCGGUCCUUGGGAGCCAUACCGUUUGUCACCACCAAUGUGCCUCAAGCACUGCUAAGUUACGUGUGCUCGAGUGCGGUUUAUGGAACAACUGCGAAUCCGUAUGAUCCUGGAAGGACACCAGGAGGUUCGUCUGGUGGCGAAUGUGUGUUGUGCGCAGCAGGUGGAACUGUAUUCGGGAUAGGAACUGAUUUGGCGGGUAGUCUUAGAAUCCCUGCUGCUAUGUGUGGAUUGGUGACCCUGAAACCUACAGAGUCACGCUUCGUGAUAAGAGAGUCUUUCACAGGAUUACCUGGGCGAGGUCGAAUGGGGUUCUCUUGUGGUUAUUUUACUCGAACAGUCAAGGAACAAAAACUUCUCUUAAAAUAUACAUAUGGCAAUGAAAACUAUAUAAAAGAAAUACCCCAAAUGGUUCCCCUCCCGUUAAACGAAAAGCAAAUCGGCAUUGUUAAAGGCAGGAAGUUACGCAUUGGUUACUACAUCGAUGAUGGCUUUCUGGUUCCAAUUCCAGCGUGUUCUCGUGCUGUGUCUGAGACGAUUGAGGCUUUGGAAAACAUGGGACAUGAAACUGUGCUUUUUGAAAUCCCGAAUAUGGACAGAGCUUCAGCACUGUUUUUCAAAAAUAUUAUGCCCGAUCGUGGAGCUUUCUGCAAUUAUCUCUUCAGUAACGAACCGCUCUCCCCUUUCAUAAGGCUGUUCGCACUUAUGUUAAAGGUUCCUGUUUGCAUUCGUUGGUUUGCGGGUUGGAUUCUCAAAAUGAUAAGUCCACAGAUGUCCACGGUUUGCUCAUCGUAUGUAAAGGAUCUUUCAGACCUCCGUAGAACUCAGGAAAUGACUGAUGAUUUUAGAGCUGAGGUUCUCACAGCCUUUCAUUUUUUAAUCGCCUUCUCUUUUCUAGUACCUGCAGUACCACAUAAAUAUCCCUCCAGAAUGACAUUUUGCGCCUUUGCUACUGGUCUAUACAAUAUGUUGGAUUUCCCAAGUGCUGUCGUACCUACCGGGUUUUGGCCAGUCGCAGCUAACAAAUCCGCCGGCCUUCCUUUGGCGGUGCAAAUUGUGGCAUUACCAUUCCAUGAAGAAGACUGUUUGGCAGUAAUGGAAAUAGUUGAGGAGCUGUGGGAAAAAAGAAAUCUCGCUAGGAAGGGAAGCUUCAGUAAACUCAAUUUAGCUCAGUUCCUGCGGUACUUCCCUUGCGAGAAAAUGAACGAGAAGAAAUAUUAG